AUGGGGCUGCUAACAUUCGAAGAGGUGGCCGUGUAUUUCACCGAGGAGGAGUGGCGUCUUCUGGAUGAAGGGCAGAGGCGGCUCUACAGGGAUGUCAUGCUGGAGAACUACACCAACAUCAGCUUCCUGGGGUUCCCGGUCCCCAAACCGGCUGUGAUUGCCCGGAUGGAGCGAGGGGAGGCGCUGUGCGUCCUGGAUCUCCGGUGCUCUGAGGGGAGGGAGAUCCCAGGUGCCGGGACGGCGAGUGAAAAUCCCUGGCAGAGAGUGGAUCUGCGCGGGACAUUCCCCUGGACAUCCCAAGAGGACAUAUCCCAGAAUCCUUCGGGAUCAGAUCAGUGCAGGGUGUUCCCACAGAGAUCCCAAGAGGACGUAUCCCCAAAUCCUUCGGGAUCAGAUCAGUGCAGGGUGUUCCCACGGAGAUCCCAAGAGGACGUAUCCCAGAAUCCUUUAGGAGCGGAUCUGCACGGGCCGUUUUCAGUGCGAUCCAAACAGGACAUAUCCCAGCAUCCCUUGAGAGGGGAUCCACACAGGCCGUCCUCCACCCCGCGGCUCAGAAGGGCCCGUCCAGGGGCAGGAGCGGGGGGCCGGCUGGGGCUGCCCGAGGCCCCCCGACGUGGGGAGCGGCCCACCAUCUGCGGCGAGUGCGGGAAGGGCUUCCUGCAAAACUCAGACCUGGUGAAGCACCUUCGCACGCACACGGGCGAGCGGCCCUACAAGUGUGCCCAGUGCGGGAAAAGCUUCACCCAGAGCUCGGCCCUGACCCAGCACCACCGCACCCACACGGGUGAGCGCCCCUACCCCUGCCCCCAGUGCGGGAAGCGCUUUACCGAGAGCUCCACCCUGGCCCAGCACCGGCGCGUCCACACCGGUGAACGGCCCUACCGCUGCCACCAAUGCGGCAAGGCCUUCAGCCUCAGCUCCACCCUGAAGAAACACCAGCGCACCCACACCGGCGAGCGGCCCUACAUGUGCGAGGCGUGCGGGAAGAGCUUCGGGGAGAGCUCCCACCUGGCCAACCACCAGCGCGUCCACACCGGGGAGCGGCCCUACCAGUGCAAGGAGUGUGGCCGGGGCUUCAACCACACCUCCACCCUCUUCAAGCACCAGCGCACCCACACUGGCGAGCGGCCCUACUGCUGCGGGGACUGCGGCAAGGCCUUCAGCUGGACCACGGCCCUCAAGCAGCACCAGCGGAUCCACACGGGCGCCAAGCCGUACCGGUGCGGGGAGUGCGGCAAGACCUUCAGCUGGAGCUCCACCCUCAACCAGCACCGGCAGGUGCACUCCGGGGAGAAGCCCCACGUCUGCCCCGAGUGCGGCCGCGCCUUCGCCCGCAGCUCCCACCUGGUGCAGCACCGGCUGGUGCACUCCGGGGAGAAGCCGUACAAAUGCGGGCAGUGCCAGCGGAGCUUCAUCCAGAAUGCCCACCUCGUGUCCCACCGCCGGCUGCACGCUGCCCCCGCCGGGCCGCCCCAUGGCAUGGAGGAGGGCCCUGGGGACCAGGGCCUGGUUCAGCUCCCCCCCUGA